GAGCGCCACUUGCAGCUGGAAGAUGUCACUGCUGGGCGGACAGGAGGGUGGCCCUCGCGCCCCUGCAGGGCGCCGAGGCCGCGCGCUCCGGCGGCCGCAUGGGCGGGGGCGGCGGAGGCAUGCGCAGCGGCCCGAUGCGGGGCGCGCCGGCCCGGGGGCCCACGGCACGGGCGGCCACGAGCAGCACGACCAACGUGGUCAUCGGGGGCGGCUACUCGCCGUUCGGCUUCGGGUACGGCAUGCCGCUGUUCUUCCCGUCUCCCUUUGGCUUCGGUGGCUUCGGCGGCGGGUACGACCGCGGCCCCACCGCCACAGACCAGCAGCUCAGCAACCAGCAACUGCAGGACGAGCGCAAGAUGGACUCCCAGAACGCCGAGAUCGAGCAGCUCAAGAGGGAGAUCCAGGAGCUGAAGGCGAAGAAGUGA